AUGGCUUUAUACGCGGCUCUUGGGCCGAACCACCCCCCAACAUCAGCGGCGGAGCGAGAUCGCAUCCGCGAAUUGUCCAAGUACUACUGCACCUUCAGUCAUUCCGACACCGACGAGUCAUGCAGCCAGGCUGCGCCGACGGGAGAUGAGCAGCCUGGAGCCGCUUACCUUUCUCCCGAUGUCACACUCAAUGCCCUAGCACAGCUAGGUGUCUAUCGAUUUGGGUGUAAUCGCUCUUUCAUUUCUAUCAUCGAUGGCCAAAACCAACACAUCGUCGCCGAAACGACGGCUUCUAUAUCUUUGAGACACAAGGAGCAACACCUACCAGACGACGGCAUAUAUCUAGGUUUCAGAACCUUGGACCUUGCCUGGGGGGUUUGCCCUCAUACCAUAAAGUUAUUCACGGCCCAAGACACCUCGCUGGAACUCGAUACCCCUAAUAUCACCGCCAACCGCACUCGAUACAUUAUCCGCAACUUUGCCGAUGAAGAGUGUUUUAGGUAUCGCCCGUACGUGCUCGACUGGCCUCAUAUGCGUUUUUAUGCCGAGGUGCCUCUGUUCAGCCCUUCCGGUCACGUAUUGGGUUCCUAUUGUGUUGUGGACGACUCACCCCGAUCGGUUUUCGGAGAUACCGAAGUUGCGUUGCUGCAGGAAAUUGCGGAUGCCGUGGCGCAUCACCUUGAAAACGCUCGUAUUGUGCAUUUCCACCGCCGGGCCGAGAAACUUGUGAAAGGAGUUACCGAUCUUGUCGCAAAUCCUUCUGACCCUGAAGCCGAGCUCAAAGAUUCAUAUACCUUCACAACCCUUGCGGUUCAGUCUGACCAGGACAGCAAGGAUGAGCAUGCUGGGACAUUUUCGGUGCAGACGGAAGAUCAGAGUUCAAAGCAAGUAACGGAUAAAAUUUCCUUGUUAUCAUUGGACAAAAAAGAGUCCAAUUAUACUGAAAAUACUUCAGUCCUCUUGCGGGACGAGGUUUGGAAUGCUGACGAGCUGGUUGGGCGAAAUGGAAAGGAUGCCAAUUCUUGGACGAACCUAAGUUCUAGCCAAACCAUUUCUCGGUCUAUUUCAUCCAUAUUUUCACGCGCCAGUGGUAUAUUAAGAGACUCUAUGGACCUUGACGGAGUGCUGUUUGUGGAUGCGUAUCAGAGCAACUCAGGAACUCAAUCGGCAGAACCACCGGGGCCAUCUCCUAGACCAUUACACUCCGGCUUUCAUUCCGGUCUAGCUUCAAUUCAAAUGGGCGUUUACCAUGGUGAAACACCACCACAAGAACUCCAACCGUGCGAGAAUUUGGGUCAGGCUUUCACAAGCUCCUUGAAAGCUGGUGAGAAUGGUCAUGAGAUCGUCUUGACAGAGCAACUGCUACAGAAGAUGAUUGCCACUUUUCCUUCCGGUCAGAUUUUCACGCUGGGUGAUCGGGCUAUUGAUAGCUAUUACCUCUCUUACCACAGUGGGGAGGAGGGCUCUAUCACCGAGCUCAACAAUUUCCGUGAAAUUUCCCGUGAGCUAGCGAAUCAAAUCCCCGAGGCAGACUCGGUUCUUUUCUUCCCACUAUGGGACUGGAAUAAAUCACGUUGGCUGGCCGGGACCCUACUUUGGACGAGCAAGAUGCAGCGUGCCUUGGGCAUGGAGGAGCUCGGAUUUUUUAAGGCUUUCAGCAACUCUAUCAUCUCAGAGGUCGCCAGAGUUGAUUGGGAUAAUACGGAGAACACCAAAUCACACUUCAUCUCAUCCAUCAGCCACGAGCUCCGUUCUCCACUUCAUGGUAUCCUUGGCAACACCGAGCUGUUAAGGGCCACCGCUCUUGAGCCAGGUCAAAAUGACAUGGUCAAAAUGAUUGAAGCCUGUGGCUUAACUCUCUUAGAUGUUCUGAACCACCUGCUGGAUUUUACCAAAGUCAAUCAUUUGACAACGCCGGUCUCUCAAGGCAGCGACAACUUCAACACCGACCUGAAGGGGCUGAUUACCGAUUUCGACCUGGGGAAUUUACUAGAGGAAGUGACUGAGAUCAUGCUCACUUCACAGCUGCCACGAGGGGAGAAAAGCUCCGCAUCUGAACCCCAGGGCCCCUUAGGUGUUUCGGCUGAACUCCAGGUUCCAAAUGACGGAGAAACGCUCUCUGUUGUCGUCCAAAUAGAAGACCAGAAUGUAUGGAAGGUGCGCUCAGUUGCGGGAGCAUGGCGUAGAAUUGUCAUGAGCCUUGUAGGAAACUCCAUGAAAUGGGCUCAACACGGUCUCAUUGAGGUAUCUCUUUCCAGGAUCAAGACCGAUGGCUCUGGUCCUGUACUUGCCCAUCUGUCAGUGACAGAUACAGGAAGUGGCAUAUCUCAAGACUAUCUUAGGCAUUCUGUCUUUUCCCCGUUCUCCCAGGAAAAUCCCCUUUCGGAAGGCGUCGGGCUUGGACUGAGUCUUGUGCACAAGCUUGUCGCUUUUCUUGGGGGUCACAUUGAUGUGAAAAGUGAGUUGAACGUAGGGACACAAGUGGAUGCCUACAUUCCUAUCAAUUCUUGCGACGAGGAUGGCUUGGAAACAGAAGCCUGCAACGACAUUCCGGACUCAAGGCCCGCCAUUAGAGCGUGUCUUGUUGGUUUCAACGAUUUUCCAGACCUGACUGAAGUCCCUACCGGGAUCUUGAGCACUGAAGCGAAACGGAAGCUAUCGAUUCAAAGUUCUCUUAGCAACGUCAUCUUAACCCAGCCUAAUUGGAGCGUUUCAUUUGCAGAGACUUUGGAGAAAGCAGACGGCGAUAUCGCGAUAAUUGAAGACACAAGACUGCAACAAUUGAUGCAGGCUGAUGCUUUGGCACUGGCCCAGUCCAAGAUCCAGCGUUUCAUCGUGCUGGGCGAGAAAAAGUCAUUUUCAGGGGAUUAUGCCAAAAUUGAUUUCGUUCGCGUAUCUCAUCCAUAUGGCCCAUGCAAGCUGUUCAAUGCCAUCGAGUCAAUUUUGAAGAAUCCUAGGUUCUCAGUCACACCUCCUGAGACCGAGACUCAGUCACACCAAGCGCUCAAUACCACUGAAGAUGCGCCGUCUGGUCCUGAAAGUCCGAUGCAGCAUAAACCUGCCCCCGCUGCCGCUCCUCAUAUCCUUGCAACUGAAGCGCCUCGGCCGUUGGUUGAAAAGGAUGAUGGAAUACACGUUUUGAUUGUAGACGACAACAACAUCAACCUCAAAAUAUUGUCUACCUUCGUGCGUAAAAUGGGCUGCAGCUACGAAACAGCUUCAAAUGGGUUGAUUGCUUUGAACAAGUACAAGGAGUCCGAAAAACCCUUCACAUACAUUUUGAUGGACCUCUCUAUGCCUGUCAUGGAUGGGCUAGUUUCUACGAAAAGCAUUCGAUUGUUUGAAAAGGAGACCGGUGCACCGGCAUCUUGCAUUAUGGCUGUCACAGGUGUCGCUUCUGCUGAAAUGCAACAGGAGGGGAAGAUGGUGGGUUUAGAUGACUACCUCAUCAAACCAGUCUCCCUCCAAAGGUUGAAAAAAGUAAUGAACAUGAUAUGA